CCCACUUUCCCCUCCGAUUUUAGACCUUUUCAAUGGCUGAUCAAUGCACUUCGCUCACCUUCUCUUAUUUCUACCAACACCAGGGAAUGGAAGAGUUAAAGCAAACCCUAAUGUUCACAACGGUGGAGCUUGAGACAACCCUAAUGUCAGCCAAACAGGAGAUUACAAGAAGAGAGUUUGAAUUGGUUCAUCUCAAAGAUGUUCUGCUUCGGACAUUGAAACAGAGAGAUGAAGCUCAAGCUCAGUGUCGGAAGCUGAUGAUGGAGAAAUUCGUACUUCACCAACAAUUACAGCAGCAACAGCUGGAUACUGCUUCACCUUUCGGUGUUUCCCGUGAAGAAGAUGAAACAAAACCUGCAGAUCUCUCCGCCGGCGAACCAACCAUCGUUUCAUCUCCGGGUUCCGACUCGAUUUCGGCUCCGGUGACUGUACCAUCACCUCUUACCGAACAUGCGUUGAAACUAGCAGUUAACAGGCCACUUCCGGCGAAAGGAAAGCUGUUGCAGGCGGUUAAAGAUGCCGGUCCGCUCCUGCAGAACCUUCUUUUGGCCGGACCGCUUCCGCAAUGGCAGCAUCCUCCGCCACAACUAACCUCCAUUGACAUCCCGCCGGUGGCCAUCUCUUCCAACAAGCUUAAGAAGAGGGGUCCAGAAAACUACGGAGACGAUGAUUCUUCCCCAAAAACCAAGUACCAGAAGGUCGUUGAAGCCGAUCUCAUCCAUUAAUUCUCGGAUGGAUCGAUCCGAUACGAGGAACUUUUUCAUCUAAAACAUAAUUUAAUAGGAUGAUCUUUUUCAAUUCUCAUACUAUGAUUUUUUCGAACUUUACAAUCCUAACGUCCAGUGUUUAAUGGAGACUUCAAAUGUAUAUUUUGAUGGUUGAGUUUCCUAAUUUUGUACAUUAAUGAAAUCGCAAGCAGAUAUCCAUUAUUUCCAGAUUAGUCAAGAACCUUUAACAAAUUUAUGUUGUAGCCAAGUGUUCAUUAAUCAAAUGUGAAUCUUGUGCUCUCAUGGCAUUCCCUAUCUCUCUUCUU